AAUGAAAGCACUGGAGGAUAGACCAGUACUUUUUCGAUAUUCGUUAGACGAAUAUGGAACGGCUCGCAGAAGCGCGAUUGUCAGAACUUUUAUUGACGCAUUAACCAAAGGAGGGUCCAGUGGAACCCCGCGGCCAAUCGAGUUACAUUCUCACGAUCCGUUACGCUACGUCGGUGAUAUGAUGGCUUGGAUUCACCAGGCUUGUGCAACUGAAAAAGAAUACUUAAAAACCAUUUUAAAAGAUUGUGUUAGCGAAGAUAAGGACUCUUUGGCCUUAAAUGUAAUGAGCCAUGUAACAGAAGGGUUAGGCCGACCGUUAAAAGUGCGACUAGAACAAGUCUUGUUGUCGGAUCCACAGCCUAUAGUCUUAUAUAAACUGACAAAUCUCUUGCAAUUCUAUUACGGUACACUUAAAGGAAUAUUGCCAGAAAAUGCAGCUUUAGUACAAUCUAUGACAGAAAUGCAUAAUUUAAAUACGCAAAUGUUUUAUAAUAGCUUAAAUUCUAUAACUUCUAGACUUUUGGAGAAAGUUGAAAUGCCACCAGUAGAUUUGAGUGCUACAUCAUCGGUAACUAGCACUUUACAAUUGUUACAGGACAUUUUAUCGUCGCACGAUUCAUCUCUCGUAUCCGUAGACAUCGUAAAAGCCGUUAUCGAACCGCUUGUAAAAAUGUGUUCCGUAUCGGCAAGUAAUUUGAAGAGUACUGAUAUGGCCACAUAUAUGUUGAAUAAUCUCCAUCUAAUGCACACAACUCUCACUCUAUUCGAGUUCACAGACAAUAAACUGGAAAUGCUUAAGGCUCUGAUGGAGGCUCACGUCGACACCCUAAUUAGCGAACAAGCGGCUAUCGUACUGACACGAACCAAUUUGGUAGAGUUUUACCAGAAAGUUCAGCAGCAUAACAUCAGUCUACACGGUCCUCUUUCUCAAUUACCGGCAGCCGAUGCAGCUACCCUUAAGAGUGCUAUGGCGAAAUUCGAUUCCUAUCUGGCAUCACCCGAUUCGCUCGUUCUUCCGCAAUGCAACGCGUUGAUGAGCACGAAAUUACGGGACAGCGUUAAACAGCGAUCAACAGAAUUAAUAUGCCGUGCCUAUUCUUCAAUGUAUCAAGCCCUUAAACUUUCAGAAAAUGAAUAUCCCGAGGCGAACACAAUCGCUCCAAGAACACCCGAUCAGGUUAUGAAAUUGUUGACGUAG